UUGGAUCUUCACUUUCAUACAAACACUUGAAAUUAUGGAUAUCUGAAAUGAUGACCAGUUGUGUUCUUGCGUUUGGCCGAUCCAGUUGUGAUCCAGCGUUGCUCUCUAACAUCACGCGUCUUAAUUUGUGAUACUAUUGUUAAACACUUUGGGAUAACAAAGCACCAGCACUAGAACCAGCAUACAAUGGAGACCGCAACCGCUACUGCCCUGAAGGACUACAAGAAAGUCGGAGCGGAUUUGAAAACGCAGCUCGAGAGCUUCAACACUGAAAACCUGUCCAAGGCCGAUACACAGGAAAAAAUUGUUCUUCCAACUGCUGAAGACGUUCAAACUGAAAAGACUCAAAAGAGUCUUUUUGCUGGAAUUGAAGGCUUUGACGCUUCUAAACUAAAGCAUGCAGAAACGUGCGAAAAGAAUCCACUGCCGGACAAGGAAGCUAUCCAACAAGAGAAAGGACAACAAAAUUUGAUUUCGUGCAUCGAAACAUUCGAUACUUCCAAACUAAAACAUACCGAAACACAUGAGAAAAAUCCUCUGCCAACCAAAGAAACUAUUGAAGAGGAAAAGAAGGCAUAAAAUGUAUUCCCAAAUGGAUAAACGAGAUCAUUUCAUCUUACUGCGUAGUAAUACAACUUAAUGUAUGUCCUCUGAGGGACUUAAUCCUACUUGUGACGAAAAAAAAACUAUCAAAUAAUUUUUAAAAUAUUUAUGCAUGUAUGGCGACGCUAUCUCUCAAUGCUUUAUUGUUAAAAGAUAAAAAAAUAGCUCCAAGAUUUCUUUUCUUUUUUACAUUAAAACAAUUCAAAAGACUUUUCAACCAGGUGAUUAUCAAUUCAAUUGAAGUCAUAUGUGCAUUUUGUGGUUAGUUCAGAUCGGAUUAAAAAAGACGUGGAAAAUAAAUUUUUAUUCAUUGCAACCGGUAACCAGCAGUAUUAAACUCGUCAUUAUUUUUGUCAUUUAUCCGUAUCAAAAUUGUUUUGUUUCGUUUCAUUUGCAUGUUACCAUAAUAUAUUUUUGAAUGCUGUAGGAUCCCCAAAAUGCAAAAAACUCAAAAGCAAAUGGCUGGAAUGUAAUCGAUUCUGAAGAUCAGUGAAACUGACAAAAACCUAUUAAAAUCGGAAAUUCAAAAGACUAAUUUUUACGAAAUGUAAUGUAGAAUUAGGAUUUUUGAUACUAACAGACGAAUAAAAAACACAAUAUAAUAAGUA